UUUUCUGCAUAUAUAGCAUUGCGAUUUCAGAGGCCAAAACAGUCACUGAGUUAAAUUCAUAAUCGUAUUGAGUCACAUGGGCAUGGAAGAAGGCUCAUUCCCUAGUGAUGGAGAGGUUCAGCUGUUGGAGGCCGCCUCUGAUGGAAAGCACCGUGGUGGCUGGAUCACAUUUCCCGUAAUCAUAGCAACUAUAGCGGGAUUGACGCUGGUGUCGGGAGGAUGGAUUUUUAACUUCAUAGUGUUCAUGAUCGAGGAAUUCAAUGUGAAAGGCAUCGAUGCCGGCCAAAUCUGCAUCGUUGUUAAUGGCUGCACUGCUAUGUUUCCAGUCCUAGGAGCAAUUGCCGCCGGCUCCUUUCUGGGAAAUUUCUCGGUCAUCUUGAUUUCUUCCGUCUUCUCUCUCCUGGGCCUAAUCCUUCUUAUCCUCUGUUCCACAAUCGACUCCCUGAGGCCUUCACCAUGCGAUCCAAAUGGACCCACCUCGUGUAUCGCGCCGUCAACGCUCCAACUCUCAAUCCUCUACCUAGCCAGAACCCUCGCAACGAUAGGCGUGGGAGGCACACGCUUAUGA